GUUUUGGGAUCGUCCUGGAGCAGCUUUGGGCUCAUUUUGGAGCAGCUUUGGGAUCAUCCUGGAGCAGCUUUGGGCUCAUCCCAACCCCACACCCGAAUUCCCUGAGGAUCCCAAAUCCUGGAUCCCAAAAUGCGCUCGGGGCAGGAGUUUGGGGCGGCUGGAGCAGCCCAGGGGAGCUCCCGAGGGGAUUUAUUUGGGGCAAAAAAGCCAAUUUUGGGCUAAACGAGCUCGUUGACAACUCAGGAGCUUCCCAAAAUUAUUUGGGGUCGCUUUUGGGGCUUCCAUCUUCUCGUUUUGGAAAGAGAAGGGAAAAUUGGGGGGAAAAGGAGGAAAAAACGCCAAGAAAAUUAAAAAUAAGAAGGAAAAAAAUUCCAAGGAUCCUCCAGGACCUUGGGAAUGCAGCCGUGACCUGGAGGAGGAGGAGGAGGAGGAGAGUUCGGUGUCACCCUCUGGGAAAAACACACGGACGCGUCCCGGAAUGUGUGGGAUGACCUGGAGGAGGAGGAGAAAAUUCCAAUUCCUGCCUUUUCCUCCUGCUUCGGGAGGGAAAAGAAGGAUUAAAAAAAAAAAAUCCAGCGGGAAUUUGGAGCCGUUCCCCUGGGUUCAUCCCGGAAAAAAAGGGAAUUUGAGGGGAAAAACUUCCAUAGAUCCACGAGCCGAAGGGGAAAAUCCAGGUUUUGCCGGCAGUCCCCGCAGUGCCGUCGCCGCGUCCUGCUCCGCGCGGCGCCGCGGCCCCGGCGCGGCAUGGAGGAGAGCGUCCCGCCCUUCCCGGAGCGCCUCGCCGACGGAGCCCCGCCGAUGUCCCCGGAGCCCGGCCCGGAGCCCUUCCCCGCCGAGGAGCCCCGCUUCCUCCGGGACGCCAAAAGCGCCGCCGGCAGCGCGGCGCCGCCCGGCACCGAGCUGGAGGAGGACGCCUUCUACGGCGGCGCCGAGGAGGAGCCGGCGGCCGCCGGCCGCGAGGGCGAGGCGCCCGAGCCCGGGGAGGAGCCCGACUUCUUCUCCUCGCUGGCCCGGCACGAGCCCGACGAGGCGCUGGAAGCGCACGACGAGGCCGAUGAGCCCGACCCCGCCCUCUCCGGAGCCGUCCCGGCCGCGGCUCACCGGACACAGCUCGGGCCGGUGCCCGAGGAGCCGCUGGCGUUCCCGCGGGCGCUGUUCCGGCCGCUGGCCGUGGCCGUGUCCUGGGGCGCGCGGCCGGCCGAAGGGACGGACCAAAGCACUUUAGAGCGGCGGCCCGGCCCCGGGGGCUCCCCGGAGCCGCCGCGCGCGGGCGGCACCGGCGUCGCCGCGGCGCCGCCGUCCCCCGAGCCGCGGCCGGCCGCCGCCGAGGAGAACCGUCCCCAAACCGAACCAAAGCACCCGGAAGGGCUCGGCGCCGAGCCGGGCCGCAGGGGCGUCCAGCGGCUGGAGUGGAUCUCCAGGAGCCCCAGCCCGUCCUUCCAGGACCCGCGCCCGGCGCCGGACGCGGCGGCCGGCUCGGCGUUCCGCGCCGCGGCCGGCCGGGAAGCGGCGCCGGCGUUGCGCAGAGCCAAAGCCAAAGCCUCGGAGAGCUGCCGGCGGAAAGCGCCGGCGGCCGAGCCGGACCCGGCCGAGCCGGGCGCCGCGGCCGAGUGGACGCUGCCCAAGCUGGACGCGGUGGGCAAGCAGUCGUGGACGGUGAACGCCGAGGACUCGGUGGAGCGGCUGCUGCCGGAGCCGGCGCCGUGCGGCGCCGUGGCGGUGGAGGUGCGGCCGUACGUGUGCGGGGUGCUGCUGGAGGAGCCCCCCAAGGACGAGGAGCUGGAGCAGGAGGACAACCCCAGCGUGUUCACCUGCAUCGAGUGCAGCAUCUACUUCCGCCGCAAGGAGCACCUGCUGGAGCACAUGCUGCAGCACAACCGCGGCGCCGAGCGCGGCGCCGACGCGCCCGCCGGCCGCUGCCGCUUCUGCUGCGGCGAGUGCGGCUGGGCCUUCGCCGAGCCGGCGGCGCUGGAGCGGCACAAGAGGCUCCACCAGGAGUCCCGCGAGAAGAUCAUCGAGGAGAUCCAGAAGCUGAACGAGUUCCCGGACGAGGGGCGCGAGGCGCGGCUGCAGUGCCCCAAGUGCGUUUUCGGCACCAACUCCUCCAAGAUCUUCGUGCAGCACGCCAAGAUGCACGUCAAGGAGAGGAAGGAGCACGCCUCCAGGAGCUCCGGCCUCUUCGGAGAGCUCCGCGACGGCGCCGGGCACGGCCUCUACAAACCCUUCCAAGCCGACGAGCUGCCGGCGGCGGCGCCGGCCGGCCAAGCGCCGAGCGCCUGCGUCCUCUGCGGCUUCCCGGCGCCCAACGAGCACAUCCUCAAGGAGCACCUGCGAUACGCCCACUCCCAGUUCUCCUGGCAGCCCGAGGGCUUCGAGGACGAUCCCAACCAGCCCGGCACCAGCCGCGACUCCUACAGCCCCGUCCGGCCCGCCCGCUUCGCCGACGCCGAGGUUUUCGGCAAAACCGAGAAGGGCUUUUCGGAGCGGCUCUUCCCGCCCCCGUGCCGGGAAGGGUCGUCCCUCUACGAGCCCGCCCCGGCCGCCUUCGGCUUGGGCCACCCCCGGCUGGACAAGAGCGACGGGGCCACCAAGAAGGAGCUGUCGGGGUUCCACCACGCCAGGAAGGCGGCGCCGUACUCGCACCAAAGCUUGGCGUUUGCCGGCUUCUCCUCCUCCAAAGGCUACUCGCACUCGGCCCUGCAGCAGCUGAGGAAGAGAGCGGCCGCCCGGCCGCCGGAGGGGGACGGCGACGCCCUCCGCGGCCACCCCGCGGGGCUGGAGGAGCUGCGGCACGGGUGGGCGCCGGCCGGCGACGAGGAGCCGGAGCCGGGCCACGGCAGGGCCGCCGUCGCCGUCCCUCCGGCCGCGCUGGAGCUCAAGAGGACCUUCAGGGCCGCCCUGAGGGCCGCGGACCCGGCGGUGGCCUCGGAGGAGCAGCGGCACCAGCUGAGGAUGACGGUGCCCGUGGUGGUGCUGGAGGAGAUGGCCGCCCACCCCAGGGCCGCCAAGAGGCCGCGGGGGAAGCCCCUCAAGAGGAAGCUGCUCCCGCCGCGGGAGUUCCUGCUGGAGGAGCCCCUUCCCCUGGACGUUCUGCUGCUGGACGCGCCCCUGGAGGGGCCCCUGGAGCUGGAGGAGCUCCUGGACUCGGAGGCCACCAUGCUGAAGAACGAGGAGAGGAAAUGUCCCUACUGCCCCGACCGCUUCCACAACGGCAUCGGCCUGGCCAACCACGUGCGCGGCCACCUGAACCGCGUCGGCGUCAGCUACAACGUGCGGCACUUCAUCUCGGCCGAGGAGGUCAAGGCCAUCGAGCAGAAGUUCUCCUUCCAGAAGAAGAAGAAAAAAGGUAUGGCCAACUUCGACCCGAGCACGUUCAGCCUGAUGCGCUGCGAGUUCUGCGGCGCGGGCUUCGACACGCGGGCGGGGCUGUCGAGCCACGCCCGCGCCCACCUGCGCGACUUCGGCAUCACCAACUGGGAGCUGACCGUGUCGCCCAUCCACAUCCUCAAGGAGCUGCUGGCCGCCGCCCCCGAGCACCCGGCGCUGCUGCGCGCCAUGGGGCCCUCGCCGGGCCGCGACCCGCACCGCGACCUCCACGCGGAGCUCCACCGCGACCUCCACACGGAGCUCCACCGGGACCUCCACCCCGAGCUCCACCGGGAGCUCCACCCGGAGCUCCACCGCGACCUCCACCCCGACCUCCACCGGGAGCUCCACCCGGAGCUCCACCGGGACCUCCAACCAGAGCUCCACCGGGACCUCCAACCGGAUCUCCACCGCGAGCUCCACCGGGAGCUGCCCAAACCGGCGCCGUUCCCGCCGCCCUGGGGGGAUGAAGUUCUGCCGCCCUACAGGGACGUGCUGGCUCCUGACGAGGACGACUUGGUGGCCAUGGAAGUGACGUCCCCUCCCGCCAUCCCCAAAAAAUCGGCCGGCUCGGCGCUGGAGCCGCCCCCGCCCCGCCUCGGGACCAAGCUGAGCCCGGAGCCCCCCGGCAGCAAAGCCGAGCCCCAGGACUCCAAAGCCCCCAGCCUGACCACCUGCGAGGUGUGCGGCGCCUGUUUCGAGACCCGCAAGGGCCUCUCGAGCCACGCCCGCUCCCACCUGCGCCAGCUCGGCGUGGCCGAGUCCGAGAGCUCGGGGGCUCCCAUCGACCUGCUCUACGAGCUGGUGCGCCACAAGCCCAAGGCCGAGGGCCCCGCGCUGGCCAAGAAGUCGGCGGGGUCCCCCAAGGAGCCGGGGGCGCCGCGGCCGCCGCUGCUGCUGCUGCCCAAGCCCGAGGGCGCCGUCAACAAGGCCAUCAAGUCGCCGCCGGGCUUCGCCAAGGCCCUGGGCCGGCCGGGCUCGCCCGCGCUCCGCAAGGUGCCGGCGCCGCUGCCCGGCUCGCCCAAGGGCGCCGAGGAGAAGGGAGCCAAGCUGGCGCUCAGCCCGCUGCCCGCCGAGGCCAAGUGGGCGCCCGACGAGGACGGGCCGCUCAACCUCACCUCGGGCUCGGAGCCGUGCCGCGACAUCCGCUGCGAGUUCUGCGGGGAGUUCUUUGAGAACCGCAAGGGGCUCUCGAGCCACGCGCGCUCGCACCUGCGCCAGAUGGGGGUGACCGAGUGGUACGUCAACGGCUCGCCCAUCGACACGCUCCGCGAGAUCCUCACCCGCCGCCGCUCGGGCCACCCCAAGCCCCUGGCCAAGAGCCUGCUGGGCGGGCUGGCCGCGCUGGAGCCGCCGCGGGCGCCGCCGGAGCUGCACCUGCCCGGGCUGGGCAAGAAGGUGCCGGCGCCGCUGAGCCCCCCGGGGCCGGCCCCCGGCGCGGCCUCGCCGCCGCCCACGGCCAGGAAGAUGUUCCCGGGGCUCUCGGCGCCCUCCCUGCAGAAGAAGCUCAAGCAGGACCAGCUCAGGGUGGAGAUCAAGCGGGAGCUGAUGGCCGGGGCGGCAGGAGGAGGAGCAGGAGCCGGGAUCCAUCCCGGGGAGGCGCCGGCGCCGCCGGACCCGGCCUGGGCAGCGCACGAGGAGAUGGCGCCGCUCAACCUCUCCUCCCGGGCAGACCCGGUGCGCGACAUCCGCUGCGAGUUCUGCGGGGAGUUCUUUGAGAACCGCAAGGGGCUCUCGAGCCACGCGCGCUCGCACCUGCGCCAGAUGGGGGUGACCGAGUGGUCGGUGAACGGCUCCCCCAUCGACACGCUCCGCGAGAUCCUCAGGAAGAAAUCCAAGCCCUGCCUCAUCAAGAAGGAGCCGCCGCUGCCGCCGGGGCUGGAGGCGGGCGCGGGGCCGGGCGAGGACGGCGCCGCCGAGCCCAAAGCGCCGCCGGGGCCGGCUCCGGGCAAGGCGCUGCCCCCGGGGCUGGCCCUGGGCAAGCCGGGCUCGGGGCUGGCCCUGGCGCCGCUGGGCUCCAAAAACGCCGGCGCCUUCCUGGCCGCCAAGAGGCCGCUGGGCGAGGAGAGGCUGGGCGGGCACGGCGAGGCCAAGCACAAAGCCUUCGAGCUGGGCUUCAAGGCCAAGGCCCUGCACGACAAGGCCUCAGCAGAGGCCUGCUGCGAGCUGUGCGGGCUGUACUUUGAGAACAGGAAGGCUCUGGCCAGCCACGCCCGGGCGCACCUGCGGCAGUUCGGCGUCACCGAGUGGUGCGUCAACGGCUCCCCGAUCGAGACCCUGCGCGAGUGGAUCCGGCACCGGCCGCACAAGGCGGGCGCCUACCGCAGCUACAUCCAGGGCGGCCGGCCCUUCUCCAAGAAGUUCCGCAGCUCGGCGCACCCGCGGGAGCCGCGCGGAGCCCUGGCCGUGCCCUUCCUGCCCAAGGGCGGGCUGGCGGCCGAGGCGGCGCUGGGCGACUGCGCCAAGGGCCCCGACGGCGCCGAGCGCGCCCUGGGCUCGCCCCUGGGGCUCGUCAAGCUCGAGGAGCAGAGGGGCAACUUCAGCAAGUUCGAGCGGCGCCAGGCGCGGCCCCUGGAGCCGCCGCUGCCCCGCGAGGCCGAGCCCGGCGCCGACUUCCCGCGGAAGCUGCCGGAGCCGCGGCCGCCGCCGCGCGUGCGCCCGGUGCCCGCGCUGGUGCCGCGCCCGCCGCAGACCUCGCUGGUCAAGUUCGUGGGCGACAUCUACACCCUCAAGUGCAGGUUCUGCGAGGUGGAGUUCCAGGGCCCGCUGUCCAUCCAGGAGGAGUGGGUGCGGCACCUGCAGCGCCACAUCCUCGAGAUGAAUUUUUCCAAGGCGGAUCCGUGCCGGAGCGAGGCCCCCCCGGAGCCCCCCGCCCUGGCCGAGGCUCCCUGAAUUCCCGGGAAUUUUUCCCAAAUCCUGGGAAGCAAAAAAAACACCGACAACAACAACAAAAAACCCCCCACGAUAAAACCCCCCCAAAAAACAAACCCGGCCGAGCCCCCGGGAGCGCCGCGGGGCCGGGGCGGCCGCAAGCACUACACGGAGCAUUCCCGGCGGGAAUUCCCGGGAAUUCCGCCCUCCUCCCCUUUUUGUAUCCCAAAGAAGCGGCGGCGCCGAGCGGGGAGGGAAUUCCCGGGGGCGGCGCCGCGCGUUUUGUACACUCGGGCCCCGGCGGAGUUGUAAAUUCCUCAUUUUUGGGGUUUUUUUGGGUUUUUUUUCUCAUUUUUCCGUAGAUGUCGGAAUUCCCUCGGUCCCGGGGUUGCAUGUUCCCAAAAUUCCCGCUUUUCCCGGGGAUUCUGCGCCCUCCUCCCGCUGCCGAUUCCCGGAAUUCCCCCGGCAGCGGGAGCUGGGAAUCCCCUGGGAAUCCCCACAAUUCCGGGAGGAUUCGGCUCCGUUUUUUCCCCAAAAUUCCCUUUUUUUUUUUCCUCGGUUUUAUUCCCAUUUUCCCCGACUUUUUUAAACUCUAGAUUUGUGUAGAAAGCGAAGGAAAAACCAAAAAAAAUCCGUUUUUAUUUGGGAAUCCCGAAACUUCCGGAUUUCGGAAGGAAUUUUAACGGAGAAAUAUUUUGGUUUUUUUUUUUCCUUUUUUUUUUGUUUUUUCCCCUUUUUUUUUUUAAUUUCCACGUUUUUCGGGACGUUUCCGGCGAUUCCUGUACCCGGGACUGGGGGACGAUGGAUUAAAUUCUUCUGGAGAUGAAAAUU